AAGAAGCGGGCAAAAUUCCACCUGACGUCACGAACACUGUCAUCUUGUGGCAGCACCAUCGAUUAAUGGUUGAUGUUUGUUUACGCACGCGAGAUAAAGCAUAAUUUCUUUCAUCAGAGGAUCGAAAGUAAGAAGGAAACGUUCGGAACGUCAGUUACUGAACUGAUUUCGCCAUGGCGGAUGCCGCGGCCCGUCAACAGCAGUAUGAAUACAAAGCGAACUCGAAUCUUGUCCUGCAAGCGGACACUCGUUUGAUCGAGCGUCGAAGCAGAGAUGAAGCCACAGGAGAAGUUGUCUCGCUUGUUGGCAAACUUGAUGGUACCCGAAUGGGAGACCGGUAUCAAAGAAGUAGACCAGAAAGGACAGAGGAAAGAAAGGCGAAGAGGCAAAAACGAGACGAAGCGCAGUAUGAUUUUACACGGAUGAGAGGAUCAAACAUUCUAGACGACAAUGUCGAUUAUGUUCCUGAAAUUUUGUAUCGUCCUAAGACCCAGGAAACCAGGCAAACCUAUGAAGUUUUGCUCAGCUUCAUUCAGGAGGCAUUGGGAGAUCAACCCCGAGACAUCCUGUGCGGUGCAGCAGAUGAAGUACUUGUUGUCCUGAAAAAUGACAAAUACAAAGAUAAAGAAAAAAAGAGGGAGACCGAAGCUCUGCUUGGGCCCAUUGCAGAGGAGAGAUUUGCGCUCCUAACAAAUUUAGGAAAGAAGAUCAAUGACUUCAACACAGACUCCAAUGCUGCUAAUGCUGAUGAAAACAUUGACGAGACAUAUGGUAUUAACUGCCAGUUUGAAGAGAGCUCCGAUGAAGAUGAUGAGGACAAACACGGUGAAGUGUGCGAAGACAUUGAGGAUAUGGAUGAAGGAGAGGAGGCUAGACUUGACACUUCAAUCCAUGCAGAAAAUUUGGCAGCAGCUGAACGCGAAAAGAUGGAGAAGAAGAAAAAGAUAACCCUUCAUGCAUUGGACAUAGAUGCCUAUUGGCUGCAACGUCGUCUAUCAAAGUUCUACGAUGACGCCAUUAAAUCUCAAGAAAAAGCUGCAGAGGUGUUGUCUGUGUUGAAGAGUGCAGCAGAUGACCGCGAGGCAGAGACUCAGUUGGUUCUCCUCCUAGGAUAUGAAUGUUUCGACUUCAUCAAGCUGUUGAAAAAACACCGACAAAUGAUUGUGUAUUGCACAUUGUUGGCUUCGUCUCAAAGCGAAUCUGAAAAGGAAGCAUUGAAGUCCAAGAUGAAGGAGGACUCAGCACUUGCUAAGAUCCUGCUUCAGCUUGAAACUGGAAAUGAAGAAGAUGGAGACGGGGAAGGCACUGAGGCCAGGUCUAGCCACCAAAAAAAUGCUGACGAAGGAGUCGGACCGGAGGGUAUUGCAGGACAGGUGGCGGGCACUAGGACAGUUCUUGACUUUGCUGAUAUUACAUUCACACAAGGAUGCCAUUUCAUGGCUAACAAGAAAUGUCAGCUCCCUGAGGGAUCUUUCAGAAAGCAACGCAAAGGCUAUGAAGAGGUCCACGUGCCUGCUUUGAAGCCAAAGCCAUUCCAGAACAAUGAGACUCUGUUCUCAGUUGACAAACUCCCAAAAUAUGCACAGGCAGCAUUUGACGGGUUCAAGACACUAAACAGAAUUCAGAGCCGAUUGCAAAAGGCUGCCAUGGAAUCUGACGAAAACUUACUCCUUUGCGCUCCAACUGGUGCUGGUAAAACCAACGUUGCAAUGCUUUGCAUGAUGCGAGAGAUCGGAAAGUACAUCAACCCUGACGGAACUAUCAAUGCCGACGAGUUCAAAAUCAUUUACGUUGCCCCCAUGAGAUCACUUGUGCAGGAAAUGGUUGGAAACUUUGGAAAGCGUCUUGCCUCCUACAACAUCAUCGUUUCUGAGUUGACUGGUGACCAUCAGUUGACCAGAGAGCAGAUUGGCGCGACUCAAGUCAUUGUCUGCACCCCUGAAAAGUGGGACAUCAUUACCAGGAAAGGCGGAGAAAAGAGUUUUACACAGCUUGUUCGACUGGUUAUUAUUGAUGAAAUUCACCUGCUUCACGAUGAGCGUGGCCCAGUUCUUGAAUCUUUGGUCGCAAGAACCAUCCGAACCAUUGAAUCAACGCAAGAGGACGUGCGAAUUGUCGGCCUCAGUGCUACUCUGCCUAACUACCAGGACGUGGCUACAUUUUUGCGUGUGAAGCCUGAAACCGGCCUCUUUUACUUUGAUAAUAGCUUCAGGCCCGUUCCACUGGAGCAGCAGUACAUUGGAAUCACUGAGAAGAAAGCACUCAAACGUUUCCAAGCAAUGAACGAUGUUGUUUACGAAAAGGUCAUGGACCAAGCUGGCAAAAAUCAAGUGUUGAUUUUUGUACAUUCCAGAAAGGAGACAGGCAAAACUGCCCGAGCUCUCCGAGAUGCCUGUCUUGAAAAGGACACCCUUGGUCUCUUUUUGAGAGAAGGUUCGGCAUCAACUGAGGUGUUGAGAAGUGAAGCAGACCAAGUGAAAAAUCCAGAAUUGAAAGACCUCCUGCCAUACGGAUUCGCCAUCCAUCACGCUGGAAUGACCAGAGUUGACAGGACCCUUGUUGAAGACUUGUUUGCAGACAGGCAUAUUCAGGUCUUGGUUUCUACUGCCACCUUAGCUUGGGGUGUCAAUUUACCCGCCCACACUGUAAUCAUCAAAGGCACUCAGGUUUACAACCCCGAGAAGGGACGCUGGACAGAGUUAGGCGCGCUUGAUGUUUUGCAGAUGCUUGGUCGCGCUGGCAGACCUCAGUAUGACACAAAGGGUGAAGGCAUUUUGAUCACCAACCACAGCGAGCUGCAGUAUUAUCUAUCUCUGCUGAACCAACAGCUUCCAAUUGAGUCACAGAUGAUCUCCAAGCUGCCAGAUAUGUUGAAUGCAGAAAUCGUGCUGGGCUCCAUCCAGAACGUUCAAGAUGCAGUCACUUGGCUUGGCUACACUUACUUAUACAUCCGAAUGCUCCGAAACCCCACUCUGUAUGGAGUCAGCUAUGACAUGCUCAAAGAGGACCCUCUUCUUGAGCAGCGUAGGGCCGACCUCGUCCACACUGCUGCAGUUCUCUUGGACAGAUGUGGUCUUGCCAAGUAUGACAGGAAAACUGGAGCACUGCAGGUGACUGAGCUGGGCCGCAUUGCCAGCCACUUCUACUGCACUCAUGAUUCCAUGUCAACAUACAAUCAGCUGCUGAAGCCAACCUUGAGUGAGAUUGAAAUUUUCAGGGUUUUCUCACUCUCAAGCGAAUUCAGAAACAUCACUGUCCGUGACGAGGAGAAGUUAGAAUUGCAAAAACUGAUUGAAAGAGUUCCAAUUCCUAUCAAAGAAGGCAUUGAAGAGCCUAGCGCAAAGGUGAACGUACUGCUGCAGGCAUACAUUUCUCAACUCAAGCUGGAAGGCUUUGCACUCAUGUCUGACAUGGUGUACAUCACACAGUCAGCUUCUCGAUUAAUGAGGGCGAUUUUCGAAAUCGUCAUGUUCAGAGGCUGGGCCCAGUUGGCCGACAAGACGCUCUCUCUUUGCAAAAUGAUUGACCGCAGAAUGUGGCAGUCCAUGUCUCCAUUAAGACAAUUCAGAAAAAUGCCCGAGGAAAUCGUGAAAAAAAUCGAGAAGAAGAACUUCCCUUGGGAGCGGCUGUAUGAUUUGGGACCAAAUGAAAUUGGAGAACUGAUUCGUGUGCCUCGACUUGGAAAGACCAUUUAUAGAUAUGUGCACCAGUUCCCUAAACUGGAGUUGUCCACACACAUUCAACCCGUUACAAGAUCAACUCUUCGCGUGGAGCUCACCCUAACGCCUGACUUUGAAUGGGAUGAAAAAAUUCAUGGCGCCUCGGAAGCUUUUUGGAUCUUGGUGGAAGAUGUUGACUCUGAGGUUGUUCUCCACAGCGAAUAUUUCCUGCUGAAGGCCAAGUUUGCCCGUGAUGUGCAUCACGUCAAGUUCUUUGUGCCGGUGUUUGAGCCCCUGCCUCCUCAAUAUUUCCUUAGGAUUGUGUCAGACCGCUGGAUAGGCUCUGAGACACAGUUGCCAGUGACCUUCAGGCACUUGAUCCUCCCUGAGAAGAACCCGCCUCCAACAGAGCUGCUUGACUUACAACCUUUGCCAAUCACUGCCCUGCGAAACUCUGAAUACGAGUCGCUUUACUCAUUCAAGCAAUUCAAUCCUAUCCAGACGCAGGUCUUCAAUGCCUUGUACAACAGUGACGACAACGUGUUUAUUGGUGCGCCCACUGGCUCUGGCAAGACGACUAUUGCCGAGUUUGCUGUUCUGCGGCUCUUCUCGCAAAAUCCAGAGGGGCGCUGCGUUUACCUGGUUGCAAAGGAAGCUCUGGCUCAGAAUGUGUACUACGACUGGUCCAAGCGAUUUGGAAAUGUGUGGGGCAAAAAAGUUGUCCUCCUGACUGGUGAAACAGGCACCGACUUGAAGUUGCUUGCCAAGGGUCAAAUUAUCGUUACAACCGCUGAAAAGUGGGAUGUGCUCUCCAGGAGAUGGAAGCAGCGCAAAAAUGUGCAGUCUGUUCAGCUUUUCAUUGUAGACGAACUGCAGCUUCUUGGUGGAGAUGAUGGGCCAGUUCUGGAAGUAGUUUGCUCUCGCAUGCGGUUCAUUUCAUCACAGCUUGAGAAGCAAAUCAGGAUUAUUGGUUUGGGUUCUUCCAUUGGGGACGCAAAGGACAUGGCCGGGUGGCUUGGAUGCAUGGCUAAUUCCACCUUCAACUUCCAUCCCAGCGUGAGGCCUGUUCCUCUGGAGCUGCACAUUCAGGGCUUUAACAUCACGCACAACCAGACAAGAAUCAAUUCCAUGGCCAAGCCAGUGUACAAUAGCAUCAUGAGACACAGCCGCAACAAGCCUGUCAUCGUCUUUGUCCCAACAAGGAAGCAGGCGCGUUUGACAGCCAUUGACAUUCUCACCUACUCUGCGUCGGAAGGCAGUGCAAGUCAGUUCUUGCGUGCCCAUGUUGACGACCUGAAGCCGUUUUUGGACAAAUUGUCAGACAAGACUUUGAAAGAGACUCUAUCUCAAGGCGUCGCUUACAUCCACAAGGGCCUAAGCUACACAGACACCAAGAUCGUUGAGCAGCUGUUUGAAUCUGGAGCUGUUCAGGUUGCAGUGCUGACCCGAAGUCUGUGCUGGGCCACUAAUAUUUUCGCCCAUUUGGUCGUCAUCAUGGACACUCAGUGCUACAAUGGCAAAGUUCAUGCCUACGAGGACUACCCAAUCACAGACGUUCUGCAGAUGGUUGGCAGGGCGAAUAGACCUAAAUAUGAUGAUGACGCCAAGUGCGUGUUGAUGUGUCAGACCUCCAAGAAAGAUUUCUACAAGAAGUUCCUGAGCGAGCCGCUGCCAGUUGAGAGUCACUUGGACCAUCGUUUGCAUGACCACUUCAACGCGGAGAUUGUCACAAAGACGAUUGAAAACAAACAGGACGCUGUCGAUUACCUGACCUGGUCCUUCAUCUACCGCAGAUUGACUCAGAAUCCCAAUUACUAUGGUCUUCAAGGCGUAACCCACCGCCACCUUUCUGACCAGCUCUCUGAGAUGAUUGAAAACACACUGAACGACCUGCAGCAGUCCAAGUGCAUCAGCAUUGAGGACGAAGUGGACUGUCAGCCGCUUAACUUGGGAAUGAUCGCAGCCUACUAUUACAUCAACUACACCACUAUCGAGCUGUUCAGCUUGUCACUCAACAACAAGACCAAAAUCCGCGGUCUGAUUGAGAUAAUCUCUGCCGCCAAUGAGUACGAGGACGUGCCGGUGCGGCACAGAGAGGACGUCAUCCUGAAGGCGUUGGCGUCUAAGCUGCCAAACAAAGUGCCUGCCGCUAAAUAUAACGACCCGCACACUAAGACCAAUCUGCUGCUGCAAGCGCACCUCUCAAGACUGCAGCUGGGCGCAGAGCUUCAGCAGGAUACAGAAAUGAUCCUCAACAAGGCCAUCAGACUGAUUCAGGCGUGCGUUGACGUACUCAGUUCAAAUGGUUGGCUCUCACCUGCCGUGGCAGCCAUGGAACUGGCGCAGAUGGUGACUCAAGCCAUGUGGAGCAAGGACUCGUACUUGAAGCAACUGCCUCAUUUCACACCGGAAAUCAUUGAGCGGUGCUUGUCCAAAGAGGUGGAAACCGUUUUCGACAUUAUGGAGCUGGAAGAUGAUGCCCGCAGCAAACUGCUUCAGCUUUCUGAUGCACAGAUGGUGGAUGUUGCUCGAUUCUGCAACCGCUACCCCAAUAUCGAGAUGAAUUACGAAGUGCUGGAUAAGGAUGACAUCCACAUCGGAGACUCAGUGAAUGUUGUAGUAAAUCUCGAGCGUGAAGACGAAGUAACAGGCCCAGUUAUAGCACCAUUCUUCCCACAGAAACGAGAGGAAGGCUGGUGGGUCGUAAUUGGUGACCCAAAAACCAACGCCCUGCUGUCCAUUAAACGGCUCACCCUUCAGCAAAAGGCCAAGGUUAAGCUUGACUUUGUCGCUCCAAAACCGUGCGGCGACUAUGAAUACACUCUGUACUUCAUGUCUGAUGCCUACUUGGGCUGCGAUCAAGAGUACAAGUUCAAAAUCAGAGUGGAAGAGCCUGAAUCAGAUUCGGAUUCUGGAAGCGACUAGCCGUGAGUCAAGAGCAUUUUAGGAGCUGCUUUUGUUUUAGUAUAAUUUUUGUCAUAAUAAAUCACAAUUUAUGGUGUAAUUUCAAA